CUGUGUCCUAAGUAUUGUCGGCCUGUGUUUUAACUCACGAGGUUUUUUGUGUUUUAUUUCCAAUUUAUAUUUUUUGGUGUGAGACAACACCGCCAUGUGGCGUCUCUGUUGAAAAGUUAACCUAAAAUCAUAUUAGGCCUACUCAGGUCCUAACAAUAACAAUAUAGGCACUUUCAAGUAUUUUUAUGGGUGUGAUACACGUUUGUUUAUAACGAUGUUUAUAAACUUUAUGAUAGGUUUAACUAUAACAUAAGGGAGUGAUUUUAUAAUUUGCAUUUAAUUAGUUUUUCAUCUGUUUGGGAGAUCACAAAAUAAAUAAAAAAAACACUUCAUUAAUUUCGUGGACAAAGUCUGUCAUGUUUCCAUUUAGUGACCACAAAGCAAAUAUUUGUGACAAAAUGCCAUAUUUGGAACACUGCCUAACUGCGUAUUGUGAACGGGUCCCCGGAAAAGUGUUAUGACAAAUGUUUUUUUUUUUUGGUUAGGUACUACAAGAAAGACAUUGAAGAAGUUUCAACACCAGGAAAAAAGAGGAAAAAAAGGCCACAGGAAGGAAAGUCACUUGACACAGUCGACGAUUUCACAGUAAAUGCAAUCAGGAAUGCAAUUUACAGGAUGUACGCUGAAGGUUUGAAUGUUACAGUCGACACCAUUUUGAAAGAAAUCAGGGAAAGACAAAUAGAUUAUUAUGGUGGAAGAUCAAGUCUUCAUAAAUUGUUAAAGAAGAUGGGAUUUUCAUGGACAACUGUUGAUGGACGAAAAGCUUUGAUAGAGAAUGAAAACAUAGUAUUGAAGCGAAUAGAUUUCUUGAGAAAGUAUACAGAAGAAAAAGAAAGAGGUGCCAAUUUCAUAUUUGUUGAUGAAACAUGGAUUUUCCAGAGAGGCAAGGCAUUAAUUUAUUUGAAAAUUUGUUCUGUGGUCCAAUACAAAGUAUUUCAUUUCCAUUUCAUAUAUUUUUCAGGAACUGUAUCAAAGUCAUGGCAGGACAAGAGUCUACAAUCUGCGAAGAGACGUACUGUUGGAGAUGGUAAAAGGUUUAUUGUUGUUAAUGCUGGAGGGCGCACUGGCUUUGUGCCAGGAGCAGGAUUACUUUUUGUUUCAGGUCAGAAGACUGCAGACUACCAUGGCGAGAUGAAUGGGGAAACUUUCUUGAUGUGGUUUGAAGACAUGUUGGUGCAUCUGGAGGAACCCAGUGUCAUUAUAAUGGACAAUGCUUCAUAUCACAGCACCCAGGUUGAGAAAACACCUACAACGAACUGGACCAAGGAUGCACUGAUCGCGUGGCUGGAGAAGAAUGAGAUAAAACAUGAAAAUAAUUUGUUGAAAGUGGAGCUGCUGAGGAUAGCUAAACAAAACAAGCCCCGAAUACGAUAUGAGGUAGACGAGUUGGCUUGUAACUAUGGCCACGAAAUUCUACGACUCCCACCCUAUCACUGCCACUAUAAUGCAAUCGAACUAGUUUGGGCUCAAUGUAAACACCAUUACAAUAGUAACGUGGGGCGGGCCAAGAGAUUUGACAAUGAUGCAGUUGCAGCCAUCUGGAAAGAGGCUCUUGAUGCUUCCACACCAGAGAGGUAUUUUCAUGUUGCAUGACCAAUGGGGUAUUCCUUUUGAAGUAGAAAUUGUUUUAUUUUCCUGUAGAACAUUCCUCAAGCUUCAGCAAAACCCUUACCAUACAUUUUUACAUA